CAACGAUGAUUGGUUGAAUACCUUGGUCAGCCUCUUACGUAUGACGCAAGACGUCCCCAACGCUGAGUUUGGAUGUUUGGCGCGGGGGAAGCUAACCGGUUGAACCUUGGCGGAUAAAAUGGACUCAUUUUGAAUCGAGCUACUUUAAAAGCCAGAGACAAAGGAAGCAGUCGUUCUGUUAGGGAGGAGAUGGAGCAGUCGAGCAGCAGGUUGUACGUUGGUCCACUCUCCCAGGCGGCCCUGAAGGUCCUGGCUGCUCUUCGGGCCCAAAAUCUGCAUGAGGGCGGAUGCAACCAGCGCUCCUCCAGAGAUCACAGGCAAAUGGAAAGGUGUAAUUACAGCCACGUGGAGUCAUGGACUCCAAGCUGCUGCAGUCAGAUGGAAAGUAGAGACAGUUGGCCCCAGGGGUUGUUUUCCAUCACUGACCAUAGCUCUACCAACGAUACACAGACUCAUCAGACUACUGCUAAUUGUCAGGCGGCAUCUGGUUUGGAUUCCUCGCUCCAAAAGAAAACUCUUGAGGUGCUCCCUGAUCAUCAGUGUUUCCAGACAUAUUCCCACAUAUUGUGCCUAGAGCCCCCUGCUUACCUGUCCAGACAGGCUCUGUCAUUCUCCCAGGAGACAGAAACAGACUUCUGCCAACAAGAGACAUUUUCCGUUUCUCUCCAACUACCAAAGACUCUUUCUGAUCAUCAAACUGCACCCUGCAGUAGUUCUGCAGGAAUAUUAAAGCCAGCUUUCAUGUUCAAUAACUACUCAGGAGACAAAGUCUCUGAUGAAAUGUUUGCCUCAACAACAGAGCAGCCUGAAUCUCAUUCUGUAGCUUGUCACACGUUAUUACCAUGCUCUGAUAAACGUAAAGAGACGGUGAACUCAUCAAGUGCACGUAUUAGAGACGACGCUCUCUGGGAUAUUAGUGCCAACGAAGCAGAGGGCCUUGUGCCUUCAGGCAGUGGAGAAAAGUGGACACAGAGUGUGUCUAACCCCUCAGAAGAGGCAGCUGGUGUUGUAGACGAACAUCAGCACUCAGAGCUGAACACAACUAAAGCUAAAAGGGGACACCAGCCUCUCGUUGGCUUUGUAACUAAAGACAUGGGCCAGCCAGUGGCAGGAAUAGCAGAGAGGGAACUCUUGCAGGGAGCAUUAGUUCAGUCUGAAGACACCAAAUUUAUCCUGGAGGACAACAACGCUCACAACCUGGAAAGAUUUGGCUUGAUAGCUGUGGCAGUGGAAAGCAGAACAGCAGCAGACAAUGAGGAACACCGUGAAUGUAAUGUGGACCCAAAACAGCUGAGCUGCUUUGAUACUCAAGACACUGACAUACACAGAUUAAAAACAGAUGCACAGCAGCUAGAAGAGAUCAGGCCUGUGCCUAAAUCUGUUGAGGGCUCAGAUGGAGAGCGAGGACUUGUGCCAACACCUUCCCUGGACUAUGGGGCAUGUAGGUCAUGGUUCAGAUCUCCCUAUUGUCCUGGCAACCAGCAACACCACACCUGUCUGCAGACCUACAGUAAAUCAGGUCUGCUACCAAUCCCAGAACGCAGACAAAACUCCUCCUUGGAACUGGAGAAGACCAUAACUACAUCAGCACUUGACAAAGAACUAUAUACGAAACAAUUAACUUCUGAGAUUCGUUCAGAUCAUCCUCCCCUCACCCCAUCCUUUCCCCGGAAGAGGAAGUAUGAUGUAUUUCAGCAUCAAUUUGUGAAUCCACACCUCAAGAGCUACAAAACCAUUUGCCCUCCAAAGUGGGAGCCGCCGCGUCCCUCACAAAGGACGGUGGCGGAAGGAGGAGUGAGCGAGCUGAAGAAGAUCAGACGUCAGCCUUCUGUUUCUGGAUGUCCAGAAUCGUCAGAAGAACAACAACAAACCCAGAUUAAAAUCACUCCCUGCGAGACGCAGCUUAUGUUUAAAAUCCAUACAGAAUCACAUGUCCUCAAGCAAACUCAACCCAUUAGUCUGAAGAAAGUGGAAAAAUCCUCCAAUGAAAUGGCAAGGAUUGCACCCAAGCAGAAACCCUUUGCCAAAUUAUGCAAACACAGGUUGGCUAAAUUAAGGGUCAGUUCAGCCAUGGAUGGUCCAAAAGGUUUUUAUGAGGUAGUUGCCACGAGUGAGCUACAAACUCAGUCCAAAACUGGCCUACAGCCUGCAGCCCUGGCAUCUGAUGCCAGAGUAAAGGAUUCUGGGAAGCUGAACUCAGAGGAGAGAGUGCAGAUGCUAGAGGAGGUGUGGCAGGCUGAGGUGGUGGUGGUAACGAUGAUGUUUCGAGAUGGAACAACUCAGUUAGACGCCGAGCAGAAGCUCACACCAUCAGUGUGUGGCCUCCUUGUGCUGAUGAAGAAUGAUCGUUGCUGCGCCCCACCUCGUUGUUCACUGGGUCUAAAUGACAGCCUGGUCUACUUGAAACUAGAGCACAACCCUCCAUGGGCACAACAGCAAAUUCAGCACACUCAGCAGCUCUUUACCAGAGAUGUGCUUCUACGGAUAUUGUCAAGGUCUCAACUGGUGGUUUGCUAUAAAGCCAAGGAUUUUCUUCGUACAGUUUUGCUGUAUUACAAACAGGACCUCAGCUGGAAAGAAGUGGCAGGUUGUCAGAUCCAGGAUCCACAGGUUUCAGGGUGGCUGCUGGAUCCCACGGAUCCCUCUUCCUGCUUCAAUGAACUGCUUAAUAAGCACAGCAAAAGACCAUGUGCAACACCUUCCCUGGGUCCUGACAAGGUUUCUCAGAUCAUAUCAAGUCUCUAUCGGCUCUAUGAGUUUAAUCUGACUUUAUGUUCUAAACUACAGAGCCAAGGCUUGUGGGAACUUUACUCAGAAAUGGAGCUGAAAAUGAUCACUGUUCUGGGAGUAAUGGAAAGCCACUGCAUCUGUGUGGACAAAGGAGAACUUAAGAGAACUUCAGACCUGCUAGGGACUAAAAUAAAACAGCUGGAGCAAGAAGCCCACAAAGCUGCCGGGCAAAUAUUCAUGGUGACCAGCAACGCUCAGCUACGGGCAGUCCUGUUUGAGAAGCUGCGCUUACAUGAGCUCUGCGAGAACAAGAAGCUUCCCAAGACCAUCAGCAAACAACAACAGUCAACAUCGGAGGCUGCAUUGCUGCAGCUUCAGCACCUUCAUCCUCUGCCAAAGAUUAUUCUGGAGUACAGACAGGUUCACAAGAUCAAGUCCACUUUUGUUGAUGGGAUUUUGUCAUGCGUGAAGAGCAAGAACUACAUUUCCUCUAAAUGGUACCAGACGAGUGCUGUGACUGGGAGAAUCUCAGCCAAACACCCUAACUUCCAAGCUCUGCCAAGGCAGCCACUUCAAAUCAGAAAGAAGCAGUGUAUCCAAGGAAAGGAGGAGGAUGUUGUGACUGUUCAUCCGAGGGACAUGUUCAUUCCUCAGGAGGGCUGGACCUUUCUGGCUGCUGACUUCUGCCAGGUGGAGCUCCGCUUGCUGGCUCACUUCUCCUCCGACCCUGAGCUUCUCCGCAUUUUUACCAACCCACAGGCUGACGUAUUCACCAUGCUGGCCUCCCAGUGGAAAGUGAUGAGUGUUGAUGAGGUGACUCCUGAAGACAGGGAGCAUGCCAAACGCAUUGUGUAUUCUGUGGUUUAUGGAGCAGGUCGUGAACGUCUGUCGGGGAUAUUGGGGGUGAGCACUGAGCAUGCUAGUCGCUUCCAGGACAGUUUCCUCCAGACCUACAGAGAAGUCCAGACCUUCAUCCAGAGAACCAUCCAGCAGAGCCACAAAAAAGGUUACGCGGUAUCUUUAAUGGGUCGCCGUCGUAACCUUCCCAACAUCAACUCCCCAGACUGGGGGCUCCGCAUGCAGGCUGAGAGGCAGGCCGUCAACUUUGUGGUUCAGGGUUCAGCUGCGGAUCUCUGUAAGAUGGCUAUGAUCACAAUCUUUAACCUGGUCUCCUCCUCCAGCUCGCUCUCUGCCAGGCUUUUAGCACAGCUUCAUGAUGAGCUCCUUUAUGAAGUGGAAGACUCUCAGGUUGAACAAUUUGCAGCUCUGGUGAGAAGCACCAUGGAGUCCCUUCAGCACAUCCACCAUCUAGGAGUCCAUCUUAAAGUGCCCCUGAAGGUGGCAGUCUCCAUUGGCAAGUCCUGGGGAUCCAUGUCAGACCUUCACACUCCGCCUUCUGUCUCCCAAACUCCAUCUUCCUCCUUCCCCACUCCACCUCCACCACCAUGAUUAUUUAUCUCAUCUCCUCGUUUCCUAUUUUGGUUUUUCAUUUGACACGUUUUUCUUGUUACAUACACAUCUUUUGACCCUCUCUUGAUCCCUUAUCUUGUUCCUCCCUCUCAGUUUCUAUAUUUCUCCUUCCUUCUUCACUCGUCCAGCAUCCACGUUGCUAUGGAAACCAGGCAGCUGUAACUCAUGGUUCUUGCUUCAACUCUUAUCUGUUUCUGGGGGCAACCGCUGACUGGAUUGGACCAGUUCUCUCUCUUUGUCUCUCUCUCUCUCUCUCUAUCCUGUAAAAAAAGAUCCCUUGUCCACCUCCUCCUCUUCUCCUACUCGUUUUAACACACACUCACAGAAAAUACAUCUCAUUAGGGCUAAAAAUGUUUCCUCUGCCUCGUUACCAAGGUGAAGUUUCAUGUUUGAGAGAGAGCUCAAUAUUCAUUGGUUCCUAAAAUUGGUUGUUAGUUGAGCUUCUAGAUAAAACCAAACACUCCUUUGUCUGUUUUGUUAACAUAUGUUUUACUCUGAAUAAAGUUUAUUUCCAGUUAGAUUUCUGGAUCUAUUUA